CACUGACAAUCAUGGUGAGUUGAUCUAUUUUCUUCAUGUUACUGUUGUUAGUGUGCGGUUUUUUUCAAUAGUUUUGUAGCUGCUACUACUUUAUAUGCUUUCUUUUUCGCGCAAAAUCACUUUGAUAAUAAGGAAAAGAAACACGUCAUUCCAUAGUACACACAUGUAUACGAGCGUGUUUCUCAACUUAAUGUUCCUUUGUUUUGGCUAUUUUAGGACGACAACAUGUCUGACGCUGGCCCUACCAAUGAGGCCCAAUACGACUUUGAUAGGCAAAUGACAGAGGCAGAACCGAUCCCUACGUUGUCCGUUGUCGACGAUUAUGAAGAGAUUGCAAACAAAGAAAUGCCGCAAAUGGAAGAAGAUAUUGUCGAAACUAAAGUUUAUCACUGGGACGUUACGAACUGGCGAAACCUCUCUGACCGAGAGCAGUCGCCUGUUUUCGAAGCAGGUGGUCACAAGUGGAACGUACUUCUUUUUCCAAGAGGCAACAAUCAGCAUGAGCAAUUAUCAGUGUAUCUAGAGUUUGCGGACUUGAGGGACGAAGGCCAUGAUCCCGAAGUGUACUCGUGUGCUCAAUUCCUCAUCUGUUUGUCUCCUCCAUCUGAUCCUACACAUUAUGUUUGCCAAGCAUCACAUCGACGUUUUCAUCGAGACGAGUCAGAUUGGGGCUUUACGCGGUUUGUGGAUUUAAGACGACUUUAUCAGGCAGAUGCAAAUACCGGCACUGGUCCGUUUGUAGAGGAUGACCAACUUCGGAUCAGUGUGAUUGUGCGCGGGAUUCAGGAUCCUACUGGCGUUUUAUGGCAUAACUUUGUCAAUUAUGAUUCCAAAAAAAUGACGGGUUAUGUGGGUCUUAAGAACCAGGGUGCAACGUGUUACAUGAACUCGUUGUUCCAAUCGCUGUAUUGUACCAACUUUUUCCGAAAAGCAGUAUAUCAAAUUCCUACCGAAAACGACGAUCCAAACGGAAGCAUCGCUCUUUCCCUCCAACGACUAUUUUACAAUUUGCAGUUCGAUUCAGAUUCUGUUGGCACCCUUGAAGUUACUAGAUCGUUUGGUUGGAAUUCAGCAGACGCAUUUAUGCAGCAUGAUGUUCAGGAAUUCAACAGAGUCCUACAAGAUGCAUUAGAAGUCAAAAUGAAGAAUACACCUGCGGAUGGUGCUAUCAAGAAGCUGUUUGAAGGCAAGAUGAAGAGUUUUAUAAAGUGUAUCAAUGUCAAUUAUGAAUCAAGUCGAUCAGAGGAUUAUUAUGACAUCCAACUGAACGUCAAAGGUUGCAAAAAUCUUGAAGAGUCGUUUAAGGACUAUGUUGCUGAAGAAACGCUCGAGGGCGACAACAAAUAUAUGGCCGAAGGACAUGGCUUGCAGGAUGCCAAGAAAGGUGUCAUUUUCGAGAGCUUCCCUCCUGUAUUGCACCUUCAAUUGAAGCGAUUUGAAUAUGAUAUCCAAAAAGAUGCAAUGGUCAAGAUCAAUGAUCGCCAUGAGUUUCCACUUGAAAUUGACCUAGAACCAUAUCUUUCGGAUGAUGCCGAUCGAUCUCAAUCUCAUAAAUAUGCUUUGCACGGUGUGUUGGUUCACAGUGGUGAUUUGACAGGUGGCCAUUAUUUCGCCUUUGUAAAGCCAACCAAAGAUGGAAAAUGGCUCAAAUUCGAUGACGAUCGUGUGGUUCCUGCGACUUCAAAAGAAGUAUUGGAAGAGAAUUUCGGUGGGGAACUCCUUGGUGGUGCUGGCAUGAACGGUCGACCGAACAUGCGAGGCUUGAAACGAUUCACCAAUGCAUAUAUGCUUGUGUAUGUCCGCGAGUCCAUGCGGGAUGAAAUACUGAGCCCAGUAAGCAAGGAUGACAUACCCGAACAUCUUGUAAAGAAGCUGGAAGUGGAGCGCGAGGAGCGUAUAAAGGAAGAAAAGGAUCGUGCGGAGCAGCAUCUGUAUAUGCGAAUGUACUUGGUUACGGAUGAACAUUUCCAAUCCAAUACUGGCUUUGAUUUUGUCGAGUUGUACGAUCGGCAGUCCUCAGAUAAGACUCUGGUGCAAUCGCAGCCGAUUCUUAAGAAACAGAAAUACGGCGCAUUCAUGCAAGAGCUGGCCGAAAAAAUGGGUAAAAACGUCAACGAAUUUAGACUGUGGCUCCUCAUGAACCGACAGAAUCGAACAGUUCGCCCUGAAACACCCAUAACGAACAAUGAAAAGGAAAUGGAACUCACGAUGGAACAAAUCAAGCAAAAGUACCUCAAUGAAAACCAGCCCUUGAAACUGUACGUCGAAACGGCAACAGUGUAUCAGAACGGACAGCCCUACUUCCCUCCUCCGCCAUCAAACACAGCACAGCAAGUCCUGGUGUUCAUUAAAUUAUUCGAUCCUGAGCUCCAACGGGUUCGCGGUAUUGGGAGACUCUAUGUCCCACUUAUGGGCAAGGUGGGCUCCAUCAUGGAUCAGCUGAAUGAUAUGGCAGGAUUUGAGCCAGGCACACUGUUAUCGCUGUAUGAGGAGAUUAAACCUUCCAUGAUUGACGCAAUGAACACCGGUCUAACGUUCAGCGAAGCAGAAAUCCAAGAUGGCGACAUUAUAUGUAUUCAGAAGGAGCUGCGUGAUGACGACAUUGCACAAUACCAUGCACAAGGACUCUAUCCUAACGUCCCAGAGUUCAUGGACUACCAGCUCAACAAGGUACAAGUGGUGUUUACGCCAAAGGACAAGAAUCCUGAGCAUGUGGUUACAUUAGCGCUGCACAAGCAAACAAAGUACAACGACGUGGCAAUUAAGCUUGCCGAGCAGCUGGAUGCAGACCCUGAGAAAAUCCAAUUUUUCAACAUUGGGGUACAAGACGAGCCAAAAGCAGCCAUUCGCCGAUCCUUGACCUCAAGCUUGGAAGACAUGUUGCACACACCAUAUCCAACGCGCAACCAUCAUCUCAAACAAAAAGUCUUUUACGAAGUUCUGGACAUUAAGCUGUCCGAGCUCGAAUCAAAACGACAGGUGAAAAUCACGCUGUGCACACCCACAUUGAAAGACUGCGAAACGACGAUAAUAUGGGUGUCCAAGCAGGCUCGCAUUGCCGAUCUGUUGAGAGAGCUGGGCGUUGUCAAGGACCAGCAAGAGAACAAAAGCAACAAGUUCUUGUCGGCGAAUGGCACGCGACGCGUGCGAGUAUUCGAAGCGAUUAGCAACCGUUUCCAUCGCGAGUUCCUAGGCACGGAUGCAUUGGCAUUGCUGUCGGAGAGCCCGACUGCCCAACUCUAUGUGGAGGAAAUACCACAAGAAGAACUUGAGAUGCGGGAUGACGACAUAUUCAUCCGCGUGUUCCACUACCAACGUGAUACUUCUCGAACACACUCAGUACCAUUUAAGUUCCUCGUCAGAAAGGACGAACCUCUCAGUGAAACCAAGCAACGUUUGCAGGCUCGAACAGGACUCGGCGAUAAAGAAUGGAGCAAAGUAAAGUUUAACAUUGUGACGACAUACUCUGCUGCGCCCAUUGAUGAAGCAGUCGACUUUAAACUGAGUGACCACCAGUUCAAUCGGGAUGAUUCAUUAGGGCUGGACCAUAUUGAUCGCACAGGCCGGGCUAAUAGGAUAGGGUUAGAGAAGCCGCUCUCUAUCCGAGGUUAGAGGAAAAGCAAAGGAAAAAGAAACACCAAAAAAAAAAGUUAUGAAAGUAUUUAUAAAUAUACUACACACUACACACACACACACACACAUUCAACAUUUACAACUCACAGCCAAGCUACUAUUUAAUCAUCAUCAUCACCACCACCACCACCACCACCACCACCACC